CCGUGGCACACUGACACGCAGCGUCAUCCUGGCAGCAGGCAGAGAAAGACAGAGAUUAUGGCACAGGCUGCUCAGAUGAACGUCCUCGAAAUCAACACUCCGAUUCGGGUGGAGCACGACAAAAAACGACGACAAUUCACCAUUCGACUCAACGGUUCUCACGACCGGGCAGUGCUACUGUAUGAAUACGUGGGCAAGAAAACGGUGGAUUUGCAGCACACCGAAGUUCCUGACGCGUACAGGGGACGAGGCAUUGCCAAACACCUGGCUAAGGCUGCCAUGGACUUUGUGGUAGAGGAGGAUCUAAAGGCCCACCUGACCUGCUGGUACAUUCAGAAAUACGUCAAAGAAAACCCACACCCCCACUAUCUGGAACACAUCCUUCACUGA